AUGUCAAAAGAAGCAUUAGAAUGUCAGCAGAUCCUGAGUUACAUCUACUCGGGGACCCUCUAUGUGUCCCUGGACAAAGUGCAGCCCCUGUACCAGGCAGCCGACCUCCUCCAACUGGACUAUGUGAGAGACACCUGCAGCAGCUACAUGGCCAUGAACGUGGAGCGCUCCACCUGUGUAGACCUGUACAAGUUUGCUGAUGUCUUCUCUGUGGACAUUGUUCUGAAGAGUUGUUGGCAGUGGAUUGCCAAACACUUUACUGAGGUUGUGUCCAGUGUUGACUUUUUCAGCCUGAGUGUGGAUCAGCUGACUGAAAUCAUCAGCCAUGAUGAGCUGGAUGAUAAAGAGGAGACAACAGUGUGGGAAGCUGUGGUGAGAUGGGUGCAGCACAGCAAGGAGGACAGAUUGCACCACCUGCCCAGCAUCCUCCCUCACAUCCGCUUCAACCUGCUGACCUCAGAUGACACGGCAGCCAUCUUGGAUCAUCCCCUGGUCAGGGAGGAUCCUGGGAGCUGUGAGGUCAUCAAGACUGUGGUACAGAAAAGGAACUCUAAUCUAAAAGCGAGGCUUGGGAUGACUACAGAAAUGGUUAUGCUGUCCCAUGUAGAUUCGAAAGAGCUCCUCUUUAUGAACCCUCGGGAAGGGAAAUACAUCAGCUGCAGUUACAAGUCAGAAGACCUCCCUAGUUUCACAGAUGUGACAGUCACCAGUGAUAACAACAUCUACGUCCUGACUCGUGAUCGAGAGAGGAACAAUGAAUUGUCCGUGUUUAAGUACAACCAUGCUGCAAAUGUGUGGGAACAUGCUGGCAUGUCCUCAGUAUCUAAGUGGCUACAACAGGAAAAUGGUUUUAGAUACUACAAUGAGCGUCUUGUUGAAGUUGAUGGGGUUUUAUUCUAUCUUGCUGGCGGUAAAGUUGAAGACAGUGGCUUGGUAUGGAUGAGGAAGUACAACUGUCACACAGAUCAGUGGCAGGAAUGUUCACAGCUGAAACUUGACUAUAAUUCACACUACCAAAGUGCAGCAUUGUCCUGCAGUUCACACCUCUAUUUUAUCGCAAGUAUGGAAGUGCAUCGCUACGACCCAAAGCAGGACUGUUGGUGCAAGCGAGCCACACCGAUCGACAUUGCUGAAGUCUGUUCAGCAGUUGUCAUGGGAACAGAGAUUUUCUGCACAGAUGGUGACUUCAGUCAGACUCUGGUGUACGACACAGAGUCAGACUGCUGGCAGGAACUGGAAGGCUGGCCCAACACAGAAAACCUUGGUAUUGAUAUAGUUCCCAGUCUUUUUGUACUGGAUAACCGAAUGCAUGUAUUGUUAAACUGUACUAGUGAAUCCGAGGAAGCAUACAUAUAUCUCCUAAACGUGUAUGACAGGUCUGCUGACACCUGGAGUGACGUGAAGGCCAGUCUGCCUUAUAAGAGAUAUUAUGGGCAGUGUUCUCCUGUGGCACGUAUAUACCUACCAUAUCUUAAGGGGGCAUGAAAACUUGUCUGCGUUGAUGCACAGUUUAAGGAAAUAUAGAGUACCAACAGGGCUCAUAAGAUUUUGUUUAGUUUUUUUUUUGUUUACUGGUUUCGCUGUAUUACUCCACAAUAGGGUGGAUCUUCUGGUACUUGAUUUUUAUAGUUAAAUAGAAAACUUAUAGAAACGCUUUCUCAUUUCGUAUAGGUAAGGGACUGUUUAAGUAAGCACACCCUAAGCUUUAUACAGCUUUUACCAUUAUUUAACGUUUAAUCCAAAUUGUAUGUUACAUGCAUUUUCCCUUGGUGUCAUUAACAUUAUAUUUGUUUGUAGGCACAUUGUGUGUUAUUUGUUAGGUCACACCAAUUUUAUUUCUUGCUUCUCGGGAUUUUUUCAGAUACAAGUUAGACCGGAAGGUCGAAAAAAAAAAUAAUGUUUUUUAAAUGUCUGGCGUGAAGAGAUAUGGCUUUAAUAACAAAAAAACUGAAGAGUUUAAUGGCACGUUUUAUAGAGUCGAUUCCAUGACACCAUGCGGGUUUUUCAACUAUAUUUGUAAUGCUUUAGAAUUAAUGUCAUAUAAUUAUAAAUUGUUAUUAAUAUUCAUAAAUAUUUUGAAAAAAGGAAAUACAGAAAUACCAUGUUUUAGAAUUAGUUUUGAUAGCUUGCAUUUCUAAAGUUACCAUCGAAAGAUAUCAUUUUUAAGCAUAAAUUACAAUUAUAAAAUUGUUUGUUUCAACUUUAGAAAUAUUUCGAAAUAAAGAAUGCCCCCUGUAACGAACGCUAAUCCUCCCAAUGUCUGUUUUGGUCGGGCAGUGGACCGCCGACAGGGCAGGAAGUCACUCUGGCGUGAC